AUGAAGAUGGAGUUUGUUUUUCUGAAGAAGAAUCGAAAAGUACCCAUCCUAAUCACAGCCGUAACCACAUUAUUAAUCGUUGUUUCCAUUAUUGGAGGACCAUCAUCAAUCUACAACUCCCCUUUACUUAGAACUAGAAGCUACCCAUCAUCUACUACAACAUUACAUUUAAAUACUACUACUAGUAGCGAAGAAUCAGCCGCCGCGCCAGCUCCGUCCAGCCGCGGCGUGUUGGCCGAGGAGGAGGAGGACUACAAGUCGUGUGACAUCUUCGCCGGAGAAUGGGUUCGGAACCCGGAUGCGCCGUAUUACACGAAUGCCACGUGUUGGGCGAUUCAUGAGCAUCAGAACUGCAUGAAGUACGGGAGGCCGGACGAUGGUUUCAUGAAGUGGAGGUGGAAGCCGGACGGCUGUGAAUUACCCAUCUUCAAUCCCAAGGAGUUCUUGGAGUUGAUGACGGAGAAAUAUAUGGCUUUUGUGGGUGAUUCCAUUGCAAGAAACCAGUUUCAAUCCUUGAUCUGCCUCUUAUCUCGGGUGGAAUAUCCAAUUGACAUUUCAGCAGACGAUAGCGUAGAUUUCAAGCGUUUCAAAUACCCGUCUAACAACUUCACCCUGGCCGUAUUCUUCACAUCAUUCCUGGUCAAAUCAGAACAAGUGGGUGAUAAAAAUCUCUUCCACCUCUACCUUGAUGAAUUUGACGAGAAAUGGACAACCAAGAUCCACGAGUUUGAUUACGUGAUCAUCAGCGCCGGCCAAUGGUUUCCCCGGCCGAGCAUUUACUACGAGAAUAACCAGCUUCUUGGUUGCCGGUUUUGUCAAAUGCAGAAUAUCUCCGAGUUUCCUAUGGUUUACGCCUACCGGAAGGCGUGGCGAACCGCCUUUAAGGCCAUCCAAAGGAUUAAAAACAGGAAGAGUGUGACAUUCCUUAGGACUGUUGCGCCUUCUCAUUUCGAAGGCGGCGAAUGGAACCAAGGUGGAAAUUGUUUAAGAAAGAAGCCGUUUAGUAGAAAUGAGACUAGUUUGGAGGGUUCCCAAUUGGAGCUUUAUUCGACUCAAUUGGAGGAAUUCAGGGCUGCGGAAAGGGAAGGGGAAAAAGAAGGGUUGAGAUUUAGGUUGCUUGAUGUAACUAGAGCUAUGUUGUUGAGACCAGAUGGGCAUCCGAGUAGAUAUGGCCAUUUGCCUAAUGAUAAUGUGACAUUGUACAAUGAUUGUGUACACUGGUGCUUGCCUGGACCUAUUGAUUCUUGGAGUGAUUUCUUGCUUCAAUUGUUGAAGAUGGAAGAGAGGAGAUCAUAUGAGGAGAACACCAAGGAGAGAAGAUGAAGUGAACAUCCCGUAACCAUGUUGUAUUAUUCCUUAUGUGUUACUCCGUCUCGAAAUUAUUAUCUAAUUUGUGAAUGCACAAACUAAACAAUAAUUUUAGGACAUGAAGAAUAAUUUUUUUAAUACAAUGAACGAUGGUAAAAUAUUCUAACCACG